GCUGUGAUCGACUUUGAGGAGUGGCAGACGACGCUGAGAAGCAGCGGAGUUCUCAAGUACAGGAAGAUGUCCAAGGAGUAUCAUCGCCUGCAAACCAAGCUGGGCGCCAUACCACACCUCGACAACGUUACGGCGGAGGCGCUAUUCGAGCGCGCCAGCCGGCCGUUCCUGGAGCGGACCCUGCAGGUGGCGCGCGAGCUGCGUCCGGACGCCCUCUGGGGGUACUACCACUACCCCUACUGCAAGAAUUACCAACCGCACGUCGACUACUGCGCUCCGGCCAUCAGCGCGGACAAUGACAGAUCACAGUGGAUCUAUAACAACUCGGUGGCGCUGUACCCAUCCGUCUAUCUCCUGAAGCACAACUAUACAUCAUGGGACAAAAACGUGCAGACCCGGGUGAUCCUGGAGGAGACGGACCGUUUGGCAACCAAGGCAGGUGGCCGCCCCGUCUACCCUUACACCUGGUUCGGUUACCACGAGGUCGUCAACGACUACCUCUCGCCCGGAGACCUGCUGGCCACCAUAGGCCAGGUGGUGACGCGCCAGCCGGCCGGCCUCAUCAUCUGGGGCGGCAGCAGCAACGUCAACAGCUCCCGUCUCUGCCGCCAGCUGCGAGACUACGUGACGUUCCGCCUGGGACCGUUUAUCCGCUGGAUGCUGAGCCGCACGGAGCGCCAGCUGCAGACGCUCGCUCGCCGCCUGGCGGCCGGCCCAGAAACCUUCAACGCCCAGGUGGCGCUGCUGGAGCGGCAGGGCGUGUUCGGCUCGUGGCCAGUUACGGCCGAAGCGGCUGCGCGUCGGCGCAGGGUCGGCACGUUCGUCGAGGAGCUCGACUGCUCUUGGACACACGGCCAAAGAAACGGAAGCGUCUGCUGAAGAAUCACGCGGUCUUCGGAGUUGUCACUAUUCGACGUCAUUGUACCGGGUGGAUGAAACCGCUGAAACCUUUGAUUCUCCCCCAAGAAGCUAAUAUUUCAGGUGCCACGAGGACAGAAGUAGUGAAGAAGGGACUGAUAUCUUCCGCCUGAGAGAACUACUCCCCGAAUAUCUACACUCGGGAAACCUACCCUCGGAAGAUUGACGGCUGCGCACGGAAGACCUACGCCUCACGAGCCUACGUUCGGAGGAUCUGCUACCAAAAGAUCUACUCCCGGAGUACCCACGCGCGGAAGACCUUCGCUUGGCACACCCACGUUCGGAAGAUCUGUUACCAGAAUAUCUA